AUGUCCCAGUACGCCUUCCCAGGCACGAACAAGUCAUACAGAAACCACCCGAGCGGCCCGAGCUUCAAGCCGAGGUAUCUUCCUCUCGUCGCAGCAAUAGGUCUCGGAUUUGCAGGAUAUAAUUAUUACAAUAAAGCGACCGCGCGACGCGAACAAAUGCUCCGCGAUGAAGAAAAGCGACUAGCGUUGAAUCGUCAGCUUAUGGAUGCCUAUGGGAGCAAGGAGAGCCUAGAGGAUAUGCAACAAGCGCUCGAUGCAUAUCACCAACGAGCAUGA